AUGAGCAUGAGUCCUAUCAGCAAAAUCAAUAAAUCCAGCACCAACCGAGAGCCAAAGACCCGGGGUCAGAAGCAAUCGGCAAUAGCUCACCAUGACGACAGGUACAGGAAGCUAGAAGCAGAACAAGCGAAACUGCUAGAGGCACAGAAACAGGACAUGUUUACCGACGACGACGACCAGAGACUGAAGGAGAUAGAGAGGGCACUAGCCGGGUACGAUAGCGCCAUGGCGCAAGCAAACACGAACCCUGGCACAGUAGCCAGUCCAGAGGCUGGUGCAACGUCAGACAGUGACACCGUGAUCCAGGGUACUACAACACAGGAUGCGAUGCAACAGGAAGCGACGGAACCAGACACGGGAGGACUAGAUGUGACAGGACAACGUGCUACGGUCAAUACGCCAGACCCCGAACCGACACACGCGAACAUUCUCGGAGCUCUUUCGAAAGAUCGAAACGUCAAACGUGAGCCACGGGAAGAACCAAAAGCAUCCACUAACAGACUCGUCGACGACCUCGACAUGGCGUGGAACGUCGACGUCGACGAUAGACACAUCGAGCCCUCGCUGCAGAACCACAACAGAGAGGCCUUCGGUCACAUCAUGAGAAACUCCCAGACUCGCUACUGUAUCAGGUAUGGGUCGGCCGAUGCGUACAGCGCUCGCUUCGAGUCGACCCUCCCAGCCGGGUCCAGGUACCGGGAAACCAGAGACGUCACCCAGCGCAGCAACCGCAUCGUCGAGAGGAUCGUGCAGCACCACAAAGAUAAUAAGCUAACGCUUCCGAUGGACAUACUGAGCAAAGUAAAGGUGCUGGUGGUGUACUGGGACUCCAAGAUGGGCGUUGGACACGACGCCGAGGUUGACGUGCUAGCUCCCGACUUUGCAGGAAGACGGCCCCACACCCGCUGCUUCGUCUAUCUAGAUCCCGCGCUCUACGCGUCGACAUACGACAUCGAGAACAAGACUAGCUACAGCCACGAAACUAGAUCUACGAUGAAACUUCUCAUGGAAGGGAAUAACGACCAGCAAAAGUCGAUUACAUUCUACAACAUCGCAGUCAGACUAGAGAACAAGUUCGAGGAAAAGUGUAUGAGCGGGGCGCCGGACAGGCCUAAGCCGCUCCGUGAGUUAGUUCACGAGAGAAAGGCGGCCUCCCGCAGGAGCGGAUCGCGGUACGCUACUGCUAAACCGGCAGUAAGCCCCGCGCCCGUGAAACCUCCAAUCUCGCCGCGUCGCUCUGCGCCCCCACCAAACAUGCGACUUAAGCAGACUCCUGCUAGACCACAGUCCAGGAAGUCGCUCAGGCAACGCUUUCACGCAGACUUCCUAGAGCUGUUUGACCUACCCGACGAUACAACGUAUACGGACUUGGACAAACAGCAGCAGCUUCUCUACCCUGCGCAGUUCGCAAAUUAG